AUGCUUUCAAAACUGCUCCUUGUGGCGCUUUUUGCUACCUCGGCAUAUGCAUUUCCCGGCGUCUUCUCGGUGCAUACUAUUGGUGAAAGCGGAACCUGCGGAAAUCUGGCCGGUUUGAGGAAUUCUGAAGACAAAGAUGUGGCCCGUGUGGCUGGGAUUUUAGUGAAAAUUGCCUGUGACGGGGAUUUUCAACUGCAGCAUUAUGCGGAAAUCGACAAGUGCCUGGCCGAUGAGGGCAACGAUCAAAUGAAGGGAUGUUCCGCCAAGGGGAACAUGACGAUUUGCGACGAAGGCACCGAGCGUUUCUCGUGUGCCAUCACAAACUCUGCCAAAAUUUGCGGUACCGCUGAAGAGGAUGCAGGAUAUAUGGCCCGCACCAUGCAGCUCGGGUUGCUGCUUCUCGGAAAGAAUGGGCUGCCAACGGAACUGAAAGACUGCUUCGGCGCCCUGAUGAAAAUGUUUUGGUACAUCCCUGUCUUGCUCUGGCUCGGACAUUGUCUUUCUCGCCACAGUCUCCGGAAGGAGACAGAGGAGAAGAUCGGGAUCUGCCAGCAGUAUGCCAAAAUCAUUGAAGGGGAUGAAAACGCGGCCAAGGUGCGGGUUGUCGAGAUUUUGCAAUCACGGGCCUGUUUUGCCAAUGGCGUCGCCGUAAGCUAUUACCAGCACGUUUUUGACUGCUGGUCAGCGUUGAACGAACAGCGAAAAGCCUGGCCCCGUGCCAGUGGGACCUGCGAAGAAAUUACCCGGGACUACCGUUUUCGAAUUAACAGAGACUCCGAGCGAUGCGUGCGUUUCAAAUGUUCCAAAUCCGAUACGGUUUAUUAUUACACAUUCGCUGGCGGGUCUGCUGCUACCUUGGAGCCGGGGACUUGCGAAAACUUCAACGACCUCAUCGAGACCGACGAAAAUGCCGACAAAGUCCGGGUUGUCGAGAUUCUGCGGAAACACGCUUGUGAAGAUGACGAGAUAAUUAUACCAAAAUAUCAAAAACUUUUUGAUUGCUGGGCGGAGUUGGAGGACAAGCGGAAGCCUUGGCGGCGUGCUAGUGGAACUUGCGAUGAAAUCAACGCCGCCUACAAAUCGCACAUCCAAAAAGACGCCAAAAAAUGCGGGGCCGGGGAGGUGGAUGAGGGAUUUGUGGCGCGAAUUACACAACUAAUGUUGUUUACAAAAGGCAUCGACAACCGAGGGACGCCAGAGGCUGUUCGGAAUUGUCAACAGCAAAUUAUGGCUUUUAUGGAUGAGAUCGGGGCAAAAAUGAAA